UUUCAUCUGCGCGGCUGCGCCAGUGCGCCUUGUCCUAGUGGAUCCACCAACCAAUGGGCCCGCCUAGGCUACGCCACGUGUAGACGUGUUGUUGACCGCUGCGGUGUCUUCUUCAGCAAUCGUCUUCUCCCGGAGAGAAUUAUGUUGUCGUCGUCUGUAUUGUAAUAUGCUAAAAUUCAAUUUAAUUGUACUGAGAUAGGGUUCGAAUUCCAAGUACAGAGAUGGCUUCUCUGGAGACCAUCGAUGGCGACGCUCCCGCGGUCGAGCUGAUUGUCUGCGACGCAUCAUCAUCCGAUUCAGCAGCUAAUAGUGUGGGUUCUGAAGAGAUAGAACCUCUGUUGGCGGUCUCGGAGAAGCCCAAAAUCAACAUCUUCUCUGUUUCUUACUCGCGAAGAAAACCUAGGGAGCAAGUGACAAAAUCAGCUGAAGAUGCAUCCUUCACACAAUUUAUUUUAUGGGCAUGGAGUGGAUCCAGAUGCUCAGGUCUUCUAUGCAUGGCCUUGUCAUCUACUAUAUACUGUAUCAUGGAAGCUCUUUCAGACAUCUUUUCUGCUCAGUCAAUUCCAUUAUUCGAGACAGCAUUUACAAGAUGUACAGUUACCUUGAUAUUGUCAUAUUUUUGGUUGAGAAGAAGUGGGCAACCAAUAUUUGGUCCAACACAUGUUAGGAGUCUUUUGGUUUCAAGAGCACUGAUGGGAUAUCUUUCAUUGUUGAGUUUUGUUUAUUGUAUUCAAAGGUUACCUUUGUCUCAGGCUGUUAUUUUGAGCUUUACAACUCCAAUAAUGGCCUCAAUCAUGGCAAGAAUCAUUUUGCAUGAGAAGUUGAAUAUUGCAGAAAUCGGAGGUCUUGCUUGCAGUUUCAUUGGUGUGCUCUUCAUUUUCCGGCCAAUACUCGCUGCACAAGGUGGGUUACCUAAGGCUGAGGAAGCAAAUAAUAUAUAUGUUGGUGGAAGCGACCAUAUUUAUGCUGUUUUAGUUGGUUUAGUUUCAUCCAUAAGUGGUGGAAUCAGCUACUGCCUUACAAGAGCUGGAGCAAAGGCUUCUGAUCAACCUGUCAUUACAGUUUUCGCAUUUGGCAUGCUAGGUAGCCCUGCUGCUGCAAUAUGUACAUUUGCCUUCCAGGAUUUUGUGCUACCAAGUUUUUAUUCAUUUUUUCUCAUGGUUAUACUUGCUGUACUGGCUUUCUUCGCUGAGGUGUUUUUAGCUCGAGGGCUUCAGCUUGAGAAAACCAGCAAAGCCACUAACAUCCAGUACAUUGAGGCUGCCCUAUCACAACUAUGGGGUCUUGGCUCAUCAAAGAUAGCUCCAUCUUUUGGUAGACUUGUCGGGUGUUUUCUCAUCUUCGCUUCAACAUGUUGCACCAUGUACUUUGGGCCCGACAAAGAGAUGGAAUGAGAGGUACCUAAACUUCUGUUCUGUUUUGGGGAUUUGCAUUGCAUUUGGUGCUUUUAUUCUUGUAUUUAUCUUGUUGAUUUUAGGGAAAAAAAAAAUUAAAUCAAUCUCAUUGGUUUAAAUUGCAUUACAUGAUUGAGGAUGAAUGGGUUCUCAAAACAACAGUACAUUUUCCCAGUAAAGGAACUCUUGAAAAUGUUGAAAUAAAAAUGAAAGCAUUGUUUAUCACGGGUUAUAGAA